AAUAAGAUCGUGUUUGCGGUCGCUGCCCGAGGAGGAAUUCGGAGGAGGCGCGAGGCCCGGAGCUCGCCCGGAACCCAGAAGCUCGGCGGGGAGGCGGCAUGAGGCUGGCGACGCGGCCCCUGUGAGCGGCAGCGCGCGGCGGUAGCGGCGGCGGCGGGACCCGGCGCGGCCGGGCGCGGGCUCCCCUCCCCCGCAGCCGGGCGGGGAUCGGCCGGGCCUGCGGUACCCCGCGCCCACCGCCCGCCUCGGCCGCCGCCUCGCCGCUUCCCCUCCGUCGGAGCGGCCGGCCCCGAGCCCCGCGGGGAUCCCGCGGGAGGAGGCCGGGGGACGGCCUCCCGGCACCUUCGCGGCGACCGGGGACGAGCGGGCCGGAGGGGGACGGCCGGGAUGGCGCGCCCGCGGCCCCGCGAGUACAAAGCGGGGGACCUGGUCUUCGCCAAGAUGAAGGGCUACCCGCACUGGCCCGCCCGGAUUGAUGAACUCCCAGAGGGAGCUGUGAAGCCUCCAGCAAACAAGUACCCUAUCUUCUUUUUUGGUACCCAUGAAACUGCAUUUCUAGGUCCUAAAGACCUUUUCCCAUAUAAGGAAUACAAAGACAAGUUUGGAAAGUCAAACAAACGGAAAGGAUUUAAUGAAGGAUUAUGGGAAAUUGAAAAUAAUCCAGGAGUGAAAUUUACUGGGUACCAGACAAUUCAGCAACAGAGCUCUUCAGAAACUGAGGGAGAAGGUGGCAACACUGCAGAUGCAAGCAGUGAGGAAGAAGGUGAUAGAGUAGAAGAUGGAAAAGGCAAAAGAAAGAAUGAAAAAGGAGGCUCAAAACGGAAAAAGUCCUACACUUCAAAGAAGUCUUCUAAACAGUCCCGGAAAUCUCCAGGAGAUGAAGAUGAUAAAGACUGCAAAGAAGAGGAAAACAAAAGCAGCUCUGAGGGUGGAGAUGCUGGCAAUGACACAAGAAACACGACUUCAGACUUGCAGAAAGCUGGUGAAGGGACCUAACUACCGUAAUGAAUGCUGCAUAUUGAGAGACACCACAAGAAGGUUAAAUGUUUGAUUGUCUCAUUCUUGGAUUCGAUAUGAACCAACACAUAGUCUUUGUUGUCAUUGACAGAAGCCCAGUAUGUGUGUACAUUAUUCACAUUCCUCUCUGUUCUGUUGAAGAGAAAAAGAGACAUUUGAACCUUUUUUAAGGUUACUGACUUAAUUUUAUGUUACUUGGUUGCAUGAAGUUGCCCUUAACCACUAAGAAUUAUCAAGAUUUUUGCACAGACUUCUCCAUAUCUAGGCUUCUUUGCCAAGGCAGUUCUGGUCAUCAGCUUCCCGCCUCUACCCCACCAUCAGGAAAAUAGUAAUUUACUCAGUUAAAUAGUAAUUCCUAUUUUUAGAUGACUGCUCAACAUAAUACUUCAGGAUGGGAUUUUCUUUCUAGCAGAACCCAAGAACCAACUCCUAGAUACACACUGUUGGUAUAUUGGAGAUGAAAUUAAAAUCAUCUUUCAGUUCUAAGGCCAUGUGUAAAGUUCGACCAUAUUGUAAAGUACCUAUUCUGUAUUAGAAAUAGCUAGUUGAAACCUAUACUUCUCAAAACUCAUGUUGCUGUGUACACAACUGAGUUUAUAUGUGAACCUAGUGAGUCUUUUUGUGUUAUACCAAAAUAAAGCAAGGAUUUAUUUUUUUCCCAAUGCCAAUAUGAUUUGAGCUGAUCACUCAAGAUGGUCACUUCACACUUGAAAGCUGAAAUCACAGGAGCACUAUGGGAAACUAGACAAAGCAUUGACUCUUGAAUAUAGGCUUUUAAAAUAAGCUUUUCUUUUGAAACUAGAAUUAGAGUAGUUAACAUUCAUCCACAAGCCAUUAUUAUGUGUACAUUAUUGUUGCUAUUGUGAUAAUAGAGUCUUAUUUAUUUUUAUGCCAGCUUAUACUGUGAGAACACUUAGUCAAUUUGGGUUUCAUCAACCCUGCUGUGCUUGUCCUUGGAACAUCUUUUGUGUAUGUUAAAGGUUUGUAGCUGAAAAGUUUACUGUAAAAAAAAAAAAAUCAAAGACAAAAAAAAUGUAUUGUUUUUACAGAAUAAAUUUAUUGGAAUGUG